CAUCACGUCAGAAGCUGGGCACAAAACGUCAGGAGUCUUGAGGUUUGUUAAAAUUCAUUGAACACCGGCUCAGCACCUUUUCUCUUGCGCCCAUUGCUCGAUCCCAGGCCAAUUCGAUAUGGACGCGUUGACGAACACGACAUUAACGGAGGUUCACGUUGCAACCAACCCACUAACGACUGUGAAUGCUGCUGUUGUCUUGGUGGUCGCAACAGUCACCGCUUUGCUCUUCAGAGUGCGACGUUUUCGAUCACAGGCCGCCGGGGACGCAUUGGAGAUCUCACAGCUCUACGUGUAUCCAGUCAAGGGGCUCAGGGGCUGCGAGCUGCAAGAAGCACGGGUUGGGCAACACGGCUUGGUCGGAGACCGCACAUUUUCACUUCAGAAAGUUCAUCGCGACAAGAACGAUCCGUCCGAGAAGACGUACGAGACGCUGUUUAUAGGCCGAUGCCUCCAACUUGCACUGUUCGAAACUUUGGUCCAUAACGAGAGUAACGAGGUGGCGGUGAAGUGGCAUGGCCGCGAGACGGACUUCGGCAAAAGAGCAGCAGAUGAAAAAGUCGACACAGACGACGAGAUCCGAUUUCCGCUAUCGCCAGGACUGGAGGGCCUUGAGGAAUGCGAAGUAAGCCUGCACGUUAGCCGGACAAAGGCAUACGACAUGGGCGAUGAGCUAGCCUCCUGGUUCUCCGAUCGCCUGGGGUUCGAGACACGCUUGGUCUACAUUGGCGACGGGUCGCGCGCCGUCCUUGGAUCCCUCGCUCCAAACAGCCGCGGAGGACUAAAGAAGGCCAAGUGGACGAGCCGUCUCCGCGCCCUGGUGCCAUCCCUCGCGUUCCGGGAGGAGCGUCUUGUCUUCAACGACCUCGGGCACUACCUCGUGGUCACUGAGGCGAGCAAUUCCCAGGUUUCCUCUCGUCUUGAGGGCGGUGCCGAGAUGGAUGUCCGGAAGUUCCGGCCCAAUAUCGUCGUCAAGGGCGCGUCCGCGCCGUUCGUGGAGGACUUCUGGGGCGAGCUCACAUUCGAGGGCGGCGUCCGGAUGCCACUGACUUCCAACUGCUACCGCUGCCAGAGCAUUACCGUCGACUACGACACGGGGAAGGCGGCAGCUGACGAUCGGGGCUCGGUGUGGAAGAAGUUGAACAAAGACCGCCGUGUCGAUAAAGGAGCCAAGUACAGCCCGGUGUUUGGCCGCUACGGAUUCUGCUUUGGGUCAGCAGUCGGGAAGACCUUGACUGUCGGAGAGAGGGCCCGGGUUACUAUCGUCAACCCUGACAGGACUACUUUUGACUGACCUCAUUUGACGACUUUCGGCCUUAGCCAGACAGACAAGUGAACCUAAGACAAGGUUCAGAAUCGAUGGAUUCCCCGACAACGUCUCAUCUGCCAGAAAGUGCUAUCGGCCAGGUUAAAUCAGAACGCCGGAUGACUUUGUAUAAUGCAGUAGUGUUAUUGGGGGCGUGGCAACCUAGCUUGUGAGCGUAGACAUGCAUAGUAUCAUAGGAUUGGUGUUUGGCAAACGGUAGAAAUCACCCACCCUCGAACCCCUUCCACUUCUCGGGAUGUGACGAGAAUGGGGGAGCGUCGAAACUCUAAGCACUUGAUACAAUAUAAUUUGAC